GGAGUCAAUGAAAUUCAUGGGAGGUGUAUUGUCUUCAUCAUCUCCGAGAGGGUAUUCGGUGCUUUGCAGGGAUCCAGCGCCAGCGAGCGACGCGACGCGACGCGACAGGCGCAGGAAUCAUGGACGCUCCGCAGCGCGCCGCCCCUCUCUGAGCUCUUCUCUGUCCUCACGCCCGCGGUGCUGAAAUCAGCCUCGACCCGACAGCAAUGUAACAGCAAUGAGACAAAGACACCGGCAGCCCGACGAACAGACCGAUAAUGGACGAUGAUUUGUUUCAGUUAAGACAGCUCCCAGUGGUGAAGUUUCGGCAUACAGGUGAAAGCACUCGCUCAGAGGAUGAGUGCGGCGGCAGGGAAGAGGCUUUGCAGGUGGAGGGAGGACGGAUGAAUAUGGAGUCUGUUUCCCUGGCCGAUGGUGCUCCGGUGCCUCGGGAAUUUGCCAACCCCACUGACGAUACCUUCAUGGUUGAGGAUGCAGUGGAAGCCAUUGGCUUUGGGACAUUCCAGUGGAAACUCUCCAUCCUGACCGGACUUUCCUGGAUGGCCGACGCCAUGGAGAUGAUGAUUCUCAGUAUAUUGGCCCCUCAACUGCACUGUGAGUGGGCACUGCCCAGCUGGGAGGUGGCACUGCUAACUUCGGUAGUAUUUAUUGGAAUGAUGAUCAGUUCUUCAUUAUGGGGAAACAUAUCUGAUAAAUAUGGGAGAAAAACAGGUUUAAAAAUGAGUGUAUUAUGGACCCUGUUUUACGGCCUCCUCAGUGCAUUUGCACCUAUAUACGGAUGGAUCCUGUUCCUCAGAGCUCUGGUGGGCUUCGGCAUUGGAGGGGCUCCACAAUCAGUAACAUUGUAUGCUGAGUUUCUCCCCAUGCGGUCCAGAGCCACUUGCAUUCUGUUGAUAGAGAUAUUCUGGGCACUGGGUACAGUAUUUGAAGUGCUGCUGGCUAUUUUGGUGAUGCCAACUUUGGGCUGGCGCUGGCUGCUGGCCCUCUCCACCAUUCCGCUCUUCAUUUUUGCUUUUCUGUGCUUUUGGCUGCCAGAAAGCGCUCGUUAUGAUGUCCUGACAGGAAACCAGGAGAAGGCUCUAAACACACUCAAACGCAUUGCAACAGAGAAUAAUGUCCCCAUGCCGCUGGGAAAACUCAUAGUGGCCAGACAGGAGGACCGGGGGAAAAUUCAAGACCUUUUUUCUCCACACUUCCGCUGGACCACAGUUCUGCUUUGGUUCAUAUGGUUCUCUAAUGCAUUCUCAUAUUAUGGUGUGGUUUUGCUGACCACUGAGCUUUUCCAGGAGGGAGGCGCCUGUGGUAGGACAAAGGGCAGUAAAAUGGAGCCAAGUUGCAGUUUGGAGUGCAAAUAUCUGAAUUCAGAUGAUUACAAAGACCUUCUAUGGACCACACUUUCUGAGUUUCCUGGCCUGCUGGUGACCCUGUGGGCGAUUGAUCGAUUAGGGAGAAGGAAGACUAUGGCACUGUGUUUCUUUGUCUUCUCCCUCUGCAUUGUGCCGCUCUACGGCUGUGUGGGAAGGACGUCUUUGACGGUAUUUAUAUUCAUUGCGAGGGCUUUUAUCGCCGGAGGUUUCCAGGCUGCAUAUGUGUACACCCCUGAGGUGUAUCCCACGGCCACGAGGGCGCUGGGUUUGGGCACCAGUAGUGGGAUGGCUCGGGUUGGAGCUCUCAUAACACCAUUUGUGGCACAGGUGAUGCUGGAAUCAUCUGUGUACCUGACUCUGUCUGUGUACUGUUGCUGCUGUUUGCUGGCUGCCAUCGCUUCCUGUGCCCUGCCCAUCGAGACCACAGGACGAGGCCUGCAGGAGUCCAGCCACAGAGAGUGGGGUCAGGAGAUGAUGGGACGGGCCUCAGACAACAGCCCUGGAGGGAUUCCACAUUCCAGCUCUGGAUCACAGGACUAAGAAACACCCCAGAUAGGUUUGAAAAGACUUUGUAGAAGAAAUUGGGGUUCUUUUCUGUAAAAAAAAAAAAAAAAAAAAAAAAAAAAAAAAAAAAGCAAUGUGUGUGUGUC